AUCCUCUGGUGAUAAACAGCAAUGUGGAAACUUUAAGGCACAUGCACAAAAGCAGCUGUCCAAGACCUCCUGGGAUUUUCUUGAAGGAGAAGCUGAUGAUGGCAUCACCUACAAUGACAACAUGGCAGCAUUUAAAAGAAUCCGCCUUCGUCCCAGAUUCCUGAGAGAUGUGUCAAAGAUAGACACCAGGACCACAAUCCAAGGGCAGGAGAUCAAUGCCCCCAUUUGCAUCUCACCCACCGCCUUUCACACACUUGCCUGGCCGGAUGGAGAAAAGAGCACAGCUAGAGCUGCUCAGGAGGCCAACACCUGCUAUGUCAUCAGCAGUUAUGCCAGCUAUACCAUAGAAGACAUUAUUGCUGCUGCCCCUGGAGGCUUCCAUUGGUUCCAACUCUACGUGCAGUCAGACUGGGACAUCAACAAGCAGAUGGUUCAGAGGCUAGAAGCAUUGGGUUUCAAAGCUUUGGUGAUCACUGUAGAUGUGCCUGUACUUGGCAAUAGGAGAGAGAACAAGAGAAACCAGCUGAAUUUGGAGGCAAACAUAAUGCUGAAGGACCUCCGAUUCCCUGGAGAGAGAAAGUCCACACUUCCGGCCCUCACAUCUUUGCCAAGUAUAUCUUUCUGCUGGAAUGAUAUCCCCUUGCUUCAGAGUAUGACUCGGUUGCCCAUUAUCCUCAAAGGGAUUUUGACAAAAGAGGAUGCAGAAUUAGCAGUGAAGCACAACAUCCAAGGCAUCAUUGUUUCCAACCAUGGUGGGAGGCAACUUGAUGAGGUUCCUGCUUCUAUUGAUGCUCUGAGAGAAGUGGUGACUGCUGUCAAAGGGAAAAUUGAAGUGUACAUGGAUGGUGGGGUUCGAACCGGCAAUGAUGUGUUUAAGGCACUGGCCCUUGGAGCUAGGUGCAUUUUUAUUGGGAGACCAAUCAUUUGGGGACUUACAUUCAAGGGUGAACAUGGUGUUAAGAAAGUUUUAGAUAUUCUAAAAGAAGAAUUCCGCACUUGUAUGGCCCUUUCAGGCUGCCGAUCAGUUAUUCAGAAAAGUCCCGAAAGUAAAGAGGUUGUGUAA